CAUCGGCCUGAUUGGGCUAGCAGUAAUGGGUCAGAACCUCGUCCUCAACUUGAACGACAAAGGAUUCUCCGUUUGUGUGUAUAACCGCACAGUGGCCACCACUCACCACUUCCUUGCCAACGAAGCCAAAGACACAAACAUAGUCGGUGCUGACACCCUCGAACAAUUCACCACCAAAUUACAAACUCCACGAGUCAUAUUCCUCCUCGUGAAAGCAGGGAAACCAGUCGACGACUUUAUAGCCAAACUCCUGCCUUUCCUCACCCCCGGAGACAUAAUCAUCGACGGAGGGAACUCGGAAUUCACGGACACAAAUGUGACCCCUUAUUCCACAAAGUAGAUGAGAUGUCGGUCAAUGGAAGAACGAGGACUCCUCUAUGUGGGGUGUGGAGUGAGUGGAGGGGAGACCGGUGCUCGCUACGGACCCUCCCUCAUGCCUGGAGGCAGUUCGGAG